AGGGCGCGCGGGGUCGCCGCCAAAGCGCGUUUUUGCUCACGGGUCCCGCGGUUCCCCACCCUGGCACAGCCUCCAAAGAUCGGAGCGGGAGGCGGGAGCAGGAAAGAGGAACGGUAGGGAAGAGAGGGUUUAGGGGCCUGAAAGGACAGGCCGGAAAGACAGAUGGACGAGGACCGACGGUCGAAGCAGCAAAGGCGAGUUCAGAAUGUCCACACGGGCCUGGACCUGAGCGUGCCGCAGCACCAGGAGGUGCGGGGCAAGAUGAUGUCGGGGCACGUGGAGUACCAGAUCCUGGUGGUCACCCGGCUGGCUGCGUUCAAGUCGGCCAAGCACAGGCCCGAGGACGUCGUCCAGUUCUUGGUCUCCAAAAAGUACAGCGACAUUGAGGAGUUUUACCAGAAACUCAGCAGUCGUUACCCAACGGCCAGCCUGCCCCCGCUCCCCAGGAAGGUCCUGUUUGUUGGGGAGGGCGACAUCCGGGAGCGGAGGGCCCUGUUCGACGAGAUUCUGCGCUGCGUCUCCAAGGAUGCCGAGCUGGCAGGCAGCCCCGAGCUGCUGGAAUUCUUAGGCACCAGGUCCCCUGGGGCCACGGAUCUCAGUGGCAGAGAUGUCUCGGUCCUGGACGCAGACAGCCAAGCAGGGGACGAGGAUGCUUUGGACUUCUUCCAGCAGCAGGACCGCGUGGAAGAUGAGGGUCUCCCCACACUGGGCCAGCAGGACGGGGAUGCAGGGAAAUCCUUGGAGGAGGAGGAGGAGGAGGAGGAGGAGGCGGCCCUGGACCCUCUGGGCAUCAUGCGCUCCAAGAAGCCCAAGAAACGUCCCGCAGUGGCCGUGAAGCCCAAAGCCGCACCCCGGCUCACCAUCUUUGAUGAGGAGGUCGACCCUGACGAGGGGCUCUUCGGCUCGGGCGGGAAGCCCUCUCCCCGGGGCCACGCAGAGGACUCACCCCCCGGGGACCCCCUGAAGCUGUUUGACGAUCCUGACCUCGGUGGAGCUGUCCCCCUGGGUGACCCCUUACUGCUGCCAGCUGCCCCCCAGAGUGGAGGAGCCACACCCCGUGAAGGCCACAGGGAGGCCUCCGAGGAGCUGUUCAGAGUCGAAGAGGACUUGGACCAGAUUCUGAACCUGGGGGCUGAGCCCAAACCCCAGCCCAAGCCCUGGCCCAAGCCCAAGCCUCCAGUGGCCGCCAAGCCAGCAUUGCCCAGAAAGCCGGCCGUGCCUCCCAGAGCGGGUCCACCUGAGGCUGCGGCCACGCAGCAGCAGAAGCAGCAGCAGCAGAUCCAAGCCAUGGAUGAGAUGGACAUCUUGCAGUAUAUCCGGGACCAUGACGCGCCUGGCCAGGCUGCCCCCAGCCUCUUCUGACCGCCCCCCAGCCCCCAGACUGUGCCCAGACCAGCAGACCCUCUCCCAUGGAGGGGUGCCUGGUGAGGGGCGGGCUUUGCCCUGCAGGGCUGGAACUGAUCUAUUCCCAAGGGAGGGAGGGUGGAAGCCCGGGUCAGAGGACCCCUAUACUGCCUUCUUCCUUGUUCUCAGGGCUUGCGGGGUCAUGGAACCCUGCACAAUGCAGAGAGCAAGGUCACCAGAGGAACACUGGAGCCUCAGUUGUCUCAGCCGCGUGGAUGGGAGGGGGUGACACGUGGGGAGGCUUGUUCACCAGGAGCCCAAGCCCCCAGGAUGUCAUGGGACUGUGGUGGAGGGGCAGGGAGGCCCUGCUUAGGGCAGGGAAACUUUUCUACCACUCGUGCCCACUGAGUCUGGCAGCCCCAGCACAGGAAGGGAGGCCUGGCCAACUUGGGGUUGGGGUGGGAGUCCGCAAACCAAGGCACUUUCCAGUCAGCAGGGCCCCUGGAGGCCUGCGUGCACUUGGGAGGGCCCCCAGGAGAAGGAUACUGAGUGGGGCCUGGAAGGGCCUGGCUGGGAUGGCUGGCCCUGAGCCAUCUCUGCAUACCAGUGGGCUGAGCAGGGUGCCAAAGCUCAAGGGAGACGUCAAGCCCGGCCCUGCCCCUGGAGUGUGGGCGGCCUGACAAAGCUCUCCGUCUCCUCCCCCUUCCUUUCCUAAGGAAGGCCUGGCCAGACCACAGCCUUCUUGGGCCUCCGGCCAUAGGACCAGUGUCCGCCAUCGCGGCUUCGAGCAGAGUGGGCCCCACGUCCUCCAGGUAGACCUGAGGCCCAGUUGCCCCUCCCUUUCACGGCAGGCAGGCCUGGGCUGGCAGCUCUCGGGCUGCUCUUGAAGGCUCCCUCUGUCCGGCGGUGGAUUUGUCUGUCGGGCCUCCCCCCCGCCCGUCCUUGGGGUCUGGACUUAUUCACCGGCCUUCCGCCCAUGGGAGCCCCCUUCCCAGAAGCAGGUUCUGCUGGGCCCAGCAGAACCAGUCAGUGCCUUAGACUUCUCCCCGAGCCCCACGCCCCAGCAUAGGGGUCAGAGUGUGCUGCGGCGCUCAGGAAAUUCUCCGUGAAUGAGUGAUGUGGCGCUCAGGAAAUUCUCCGUGAAUGAGUGAUGUUUAAUGGAGGAAAGAAUGCCUUUUUUGAUAUAUUCUUCACAUUCAGAGUUAGUUUUUAACGAAACACGGGGUUUUAAGGAAAUGCAACCAUUAUUGUCCCUGGGGUUGUGCUGCUUGACAAGAGGAUUAGAAGGUGGGGUUUGGGGCUAGGACCCCAGGCCCUUCCUGAUCUGUACCAACACCAACCCUGAGGGUGUCCCCCCAUCGACCAGGGCUGGUGUCAGAGUCUGUAGCACCCACCGCCCUGUGCCAGGACCCACAGACAGGUGGGAGCACUCAGUCUGUCCUGCGGCUCAUGCACCCUCAUGAAAAGUCCGUCGGCUCCCCCCACCUGGGCCAGAGUGAGAAGAAACAGGUGGCUCUGGGGUCCCCCUCUCCCCGCCUUACCUUGCCCCGAGGGCGCUCUCCCCGAGGACCCCCAGCACAUGCCACCCCUCUUUCCUCUCACGGCCAGGCCUUCACACCCCCAUCCCUCAGGCACAGGUGGACGCCCCCACCCUGCCCUGGGGUGUGCACCUGUCUGACUGCAGGAGGGCCCCCGAAGGAAGCCACAGUGGUGGAUGAGGGGCCACCUCGGGCUCUUUCCCCUCCAUGUUCUCUCCUCUGGACUGGUCCCUCCCUGGCCCCCUCCCCUCCACCGCGCCCCCCGCCCCCCCACAUGUGACAUAGGAACAGAGGGUGUUGCUGGCAGGAGCCCGGUGCAGGGAGUGCUGGUCCUCCAGUGGGGGUCACAGGCAGAACCCACCACUCUGGGGAGGCUUCGUCCACUGUGAGCCUGGCCUCCUCGCAGGUGGCCGGCCCCUGGGACCGCCCCCCUCAGCAGAGAUGCGAGCCUCCGGAUACGGCUGCGCUGUGACCCACCAGCCAACCCAAGACCCGGUCAUCCAAUAAAAAGUCUGUGUUGGGGCUCA